GAAAAUCGUAUUCCCCCAACCACGCUCGCUAUAAAUCUGUCUCGAUUGUUCAUGGACUCUCGAAUACUCAGCUCAAUCCCUCGAUCUUUGACUCGCACGGGAUGCCUUUCUCAAUGAUGGAAACAGGCUUCACUGUUGUUCUUCUGGUCUUAGUGACUUAUGCUGUGAAGCGAGCAGUAGACGCCCGAUCGCAGGAUGUGAGACUGCUCCCUGGGCCAUCGUCCUCAUCUUGGCUGUUCGGUAAGCGUCCUGGUCGGACAUAGUGCUCCCCUCAUCGAGCGACUGUGACAGGCAACCUGCCCGAGAUGUUCUUACCGCACAACUACGGGGACAACGAAUAUCGUUGGGCGAGUGAGUAUGGAGGGGUGUAUCUGCUGCGCGGUGUUUUCAGUCAACCACGACUGAUGGUAUCAGACCCAGUGGCGCUCAACCACCUUCUCAAGAAUGACAACGCUUACUAUGAGCCGAUGUUUCUUGCUUUGACUACGGCACUAUACGGGCGGCGGAAUCCGAUGGCGCUGAGAGAUAAUGCGCAUCGCCAUUCCAAGGUCGCUCGCGUCAAGAUUCGGAUACCCGCAGUUCCUUAUCGAGGGGCUGACAUCUCAUUUACCGGCGUCCUUCCUUAACUGGAUGUUUGGCAAUGCUCCGCUGCGGAUGUUUGCGUUGACUCGGAAAACAAAGUCUCUGUGCACGGAGCUGGGCAACUAAGUUGUCUCAGAGAUGACUACAGACGAGGGUGAUGUCCAAGGCACACACCUGUUUGCCAAAAUCCUCGCCGGCAACUUGAGCAAAUCUCUGUCCACGGAUCUUCUCGUUGAUCAAACUAGUAUCUUGAUGAUAGGGGGUCAAGACACGACAUCGAAUACAAUGGCAUUUGCGCUUAUCGAGCUUGCUCGACACCCCGCCCUGCAAGCUAGUCUCCGGGCCGAGCUUCUCGACGCUGGCGCAGACACCGCAAACGGGUUCGAUUCGCUGCCCCUGUUGAAUGCCGUCAUCAAGGAAACCCUCCGAUUCUAUCCGGCUGAGCCUAUAUCGGAGAAAGUGGCGCUUGUUGACUUGGCCGUGCCACUCAGUAAACCAGUGACUUUGAAGGAUGGACGCGUUGUCAACGAGCUCUUUGUUCGCAAAGGACAGUACAUCGGCUGUGAGUUUGGGGCGUACCAGCGAACUACGAGCCGUUGGGGACCGAAGCCCGAAGAAUUCAAUCCAUACCGGUGGAUAGAAGAUCAAGUCGGCCAAGAGGGAGAGACGAUGGCGUCUAGCCCCUAUUCCAGUCUGUUAUCUUUUGCUAACGGGCCGCAUGUGUGUCUUGGAUCUCCCCCUCUGUAG